UACGGACUCCAAUAGCGAUGCUUGACGUUGGAGCCUGGUUGGAGGAGUGCGGAUUAAUUAUUACGGAGUCCAAUAGAUUUUCUCUAUUUAAUAUCGUGCCACGUUGGCUGUUUGUUUGUGUGAUUAGCGUACAGUAGACUAGUGGAGUGGUGAAGUGACUUAUCUACACAAUUCGUCAAAGAAAGUGAAAAUAUUCUUAUAUCACUGCUCCUGCAAUUUAAAGGGGAAGAAAUGAAUUCUGUUGUUCCUGUACCACCCCCUCAAGUCUGCUUCAAACGCGAAAUUUUUAUCCAAGACAGCUUUUCAGCAGAUGUCUUCCUGCAAGAUCUAUGGAACUCUGUUCCAUUGGAAGUUUUGAGGGAUGAUUUGGGCUCAUAUUUAAAGGUUUUACGGUCAGCUAUGAUCGAACUGAUCAACAGGGACUAUGCAGAUUUUGUAAACCUCUCAGGAAAUUUGGUUGGGCUGGAUAUAGCAAUUGCAAAUUUGCAGCAACCCCUCAUUUCAAUGCAUUCAGAUAUUUUGGCGGUAGAGAAAGUAUUACAUAAUGCCCAUAGUACUCUUCUUAUUUCGUUGAGUGAACGUCAUUGCUUAAGAGAGCAGAAAUUGCUUUUGGAGUCUCUUAUGAAAAUUCCUACAUCACUUGACAAUUUGGAAAAACUUCUAAAUCUCACAAUGUCAGAAACCAUAAAUAGCAUGCUGGAAGAAGAUCCUAGCAAAGGAAAUGUAAUUGGGAGAGCUGCUAAUGAAUACAACCAGUUGCAACAUUUGCUUGUAAAAUGUAGCAGCACACCAUUAAUGGUUUCAGACUUACAUAAGAGAACUGUCAAAGUAAACACAAGUUUGAUGAAGUGUCUUGAACGUACACUUUUAUACGGAAUCGAGAAUCAUAAGCGAGAUAUUCUUCAAAAAACCUUGCACACAUUUGUUACUUUGGAUCAGUGCAAGCUAGCAGUUCAACUUGUUCGCAUUAAUCUCGUUCAUCCGGCAUUUGAAAAGAUUUUAAACCAUAAUUCGUUAAAAAAGGAUCCACAAGAUUUGCAGGGACUUUUGAACAAGAUAAAAGAUUUUAUAAGACAAAAAUUGAAAGACAUUAUAGAAAUUAGCAGAAGUUUCGAAGGAUUGCGAGGAUUUGCUUUCGUCAUUGAUUGUUUGUGGCUAGAGUUCUAUGAUUUCCUUGUCUCGGACCUAGACUGUAUUUUUGCUCAAGGAAAUCCUGAUUUGUUCCACAAACGCUACAAGUGUACAAUGGAAUUUAUUGACUAUUUAGAAACUUCAUCAAAUAGUUUCUCCAGCGGCUUCUUGAAAAAUGACCCGAAAUUUCAUUCCUUAGUAAGUCGAUGGAACUUGCCUGUUUACUUCCAAAUGCGAUUUCAAGAGCUAGCUGGUGCACUUGAAACGAGUCUUGUAACCCCAUUUCGUGAGUUUGAGGUAGAUAAAUCUCGUUGCAAUUAUAAAACCACGGAAAUUCUUUUAAGCGGGUUGGUUUCAUGCUACGAUCCUCAUAUCUAUCUUUCACCAUUGGCUCACAGAUUUUGGAAAUUGUCCCUUCAGAUGAUUGGACGCUAUAAGAAGAAAAUAUCAGAAAUCUUGUUUGAACAACUGAAAAUCAAUGAGGGAAGUGUACCUUCUACGACACUAACCCAGUCAGGCAGUAGCACCCGGAUUACUGAUAUGGAUAUUUCAGUGGUGCAGCCAACAAAACUUACUCUCCGACAAUUAGUCUUGUUGGACGCUGACAUCCACUUAAUUAUCACAGAAUUUCCCAUUAUCUGGGAUACAGCUUGGAAACAGUUAGCUUUAUUCGGUGCGCAAAAUCAAUCUGCAUUUGAAAGUGCUUUCCAAGCCUCUGUCACCGAUUUUGAGAACGUCUUGCUGCCAAAAAUUAGUCAACUCAUUGUAAGCGAUGUUGAGCGUCAGUGUGCAUCUCACUUGAAACAUGUGGCAGACAUUCCGAGGUUAUAUCGACGUACCAACAAAGACGCCCCAACAAAGGCCUUUAGUUACGUCAGUCAUCUAUUAGCUGCCAUUAGAGAAUUUCGCGCGCAACACAUGGACCGAACCGAAAGUCUUACUCAGUGGACUCACGGAGUCAUAAAAGCAUUGUCUUUACAGUAUUUAGCUGCAGUGUCUGAUGUGCUAACGUCGGUUCAGAAGACGGAAGAAAGUCUGAAAAGAUUACGUAAGGAUCGUAAUACUUCCACGUCGAUGUCUGUUGGUAUUAGCGAUGACGAUAAAAUUCGCAUACAGCUGGUCAUCGAUGUCGAUUCAUUUGUUGAAGAGGCCCGCUCUUUGUCGUCUGAGGCAUUACCAGAAUUGCAGGUUCUACUAGAUGCUGUUGAACAUGCAAGACAAGUUUGCCAUCGACAACUUCCAACGCAUCAAUAGCAUUAUUCCCGUCCAGCAAAUGUUUAUCACCUUGUAAAAUUCUGCUAAAUAUGCCUUAUAAGUAAUAAAGAUAAAGAAUAAAUGUUUCGCGUACAGGCA